AUGAUCGCUUCUGUCCAGAUUCUGCUCUUCUCGGGAGUUCUCGCUUCUGUGGCGGCUUCUCCUACUGCUGAUCGGAUCGCUCUCGCCCCAACCGUCAUAAAUGAACGUGGCCAGGGUUUGUUGGUGAGCGACGCUCUGCCGACUACGAAAACUGGCAUCGACAUCACCCCUGCGAUUUCCCUGUCACAGCAAGCUGCUCAAAAGACGCGUGUGUUUGGCGGUCCGGCCCGAGCCGCACCGGGAGGCUCCGCUGCGGCGGAUGAUCUGUUCGGCGGGGAGGACUUUUCGCCUCCCCCCAUGAAUGUGGCAGCUGCUCCGGCUCGGCACAACGGCGUCCAUUUUCUGGAGUGCCAUGCUGUCGACGGCAAGAUCGAAUGCGCUGGACAAGGCGCUGGGGCCAGGCAGCCCUUUUUUCGGGGAGGCAUUGACCCGAUGGAAGUUCACGAGAUCUUGCAGUCCAGAACCGUGGGUCCUGCCGACUAUGAUGAGGAGCGGCCAGAUCUCGUCACCCUGCAGCGGUUCAUAUCCUCCGCGAACGGCUCUAACUCGCCUCUUCUGGAAGACCCCGUUCAAGUCUGCUUGGCUCGAAGAAAACCAACCUACACUUGCCAGCUCCUUCACGAAUUCGCAGCCACCUCCGUGAUUGUUGAGGAAUCUAGCAACCUAGUGUGUGAAGAGCGGGCCCCUUUGACAAUCGCGGAAAAGAACAAAAUUAACGAGGCCGUGAAAGGAAAAACAUCUCAGAUCGGCGUUGGACAAUCACCCCGUCCCCCCGCCCGCACGAAUGCGUCCCCUUCGGGGUCAGGUGCACCAGCGCAAGGCUCCUCGCCGAGUCAAGGGAUCUUCGCCGAAUUGGAAGGCACCCAGGAGGCUCCGACGGAGAAUGAAGAAGAUGGGCGAGGGGCACAAGAUCGAACGCCGGAUGAAGAAUACCAGCGACCGCCGCCAUACAACCCUGACGCGACCGACUCCGGGGUCCCGCAAGCAGUCCAAGACGCUUAUGAGGAAGCUCGACCUCUCCAGGAAGCUACGAUUGACAAAUUUAGGCGAGACGCCUCUGCGGCGGCGGCGGCUGCCGAUCAAUUUGCGCAGGUCUCGGCGUACAAUGCAAUGCAGUCUGCAUUGACGAAGAUUUCUGCUGGAUACCAUCUUCGUGCUGGCUGCCACGUCAUCUUGAGCGCGUGCAAGCGCCUCGUCGAAGCGGUAGCGGCAAAUCCGCCCGGUCCGGGCACUGUCCUUCCACUCGAUGAGCUUCGGACGCAGCUGCUUGCAACCUUGACGCAAGACUUUGCGCUGGCGCAAGCUUUCCUCGACUACGCGAUGAACAUCGUCCACAGUGCGGUUGAAACGCUGACGCCUCAGAUGGUUGCCAACGCGCUCCUCGAACUGUCCGGAGUCGAAGAGCUGAUCAAUCACACCGCGAGAGUCAAAUCGCGACUUGCUUCACGUGGCCAAGAUUCGGACGCAAACGUCAGGAAAGAAAUUGUCCGAGAAUCCUUCAGGCAACUCAAAAUGGAACUCUUCCAGGAAAUCGUCGCAAAAGUCUGUCAAGUUAUGGACAACCCCAACGCCUACAUACAGACAGUCCCUGUCAUCGUUGGCCAGUCGCCCAUGGCGCCGCUGCGCACAGGAGGCCAUCUCGGAGCGGACUACAUCCUGCACUUGAGAAACGACCUCUGCGACGUCACUGCCAGCGACGCCCAAAUUUUCCCAUCGGCCCCCGCAGACGAAGGCCUCAAGGAUUUCCCGAGACACAACUUGGGGGAGCGACUCUUAGGGUGGAUGGACAUCAUGGCACGAACGAAAACCGCCAGGAAGGAAGUCUUCAAGAUUAUUGAUUUCUCGGAUAGUCGAGAAGUUCUGCUCUUCGCUUCGGAAGCUUGGAAAGCACAAUACGCGUCCCUGCAAGCGCCAGCCGCGCCUGCCCCGAGCUUCUAUGGUAUCACCAGCAGCGGAUGCCGCAAUGUGAACGAAAUAAUGAAGUCUCGGUACUUCGAUAUGUAUAUCCACCACUCCGCCUUCAUGAAACUGCAGAGGCACGGAAACGACAACUCGCGGCAACGAUUCUUGCACAAAGUGGCGUUGCUCCAAAACGACGGGAUCGUCCCGCAGCUUCCUCUGGAAUACGACUACGAGCUUAUGGAGCUCACUGCAGCGAUGCAGCAGAGCUUCGUUGCAGCGCCCAAAGGCAUUUUGACCAGGAGAAAGGCACGCCAUUCGCCGUACGGCUACCUGGACCUGUGCAACGUGGCGUGCUAUCAGAAAGUCGACAGGCUUCACAACGACGUUAUGACGAACGUUUUCUUCUCUUUGGACACCACACUCAUGAAGCUCGUUGGAAAGAUACACAGGGCAUACGGAAUUGGGAAAGCCUUCUUCCAACUUGGAGCCAGAGACCAGCAAAUCGCGGACCCGAAUCUCGGCAUGUGGGCACGCCGGCUCUACGAGCACUGGCAGUCUCACAAUGAAGUCAAGGCGAUGAAGGGCGAAAAACCCGUUAAAGUCGACUACAAAAACCUGCGUCGCGGCGAAUUCACCUUCGACACGAUUCGAAUGCGAGAUGCCCUCCUCCGGUACGGCAACAUGUUGAAAGCCGAUCCGAUAACCCGGGAUGUCAUGAACCUCGUCGUGCACACGUGGAUCCACAUACGAGGAAUUCGGAAUGCGGCCAAAGGCUUCAAGAACUCGAACAAACUCAAGGAAUCGAUUGGCGAGUCUGCCAUCGGAGCCAUCUUCUCGAAAUUGUGGUAUGAAAACGACUCCGUUGUCGCAAAGCACCAGGAACUGAAGCCGUUCGGCGCGCCUCUCGCUUCCAUGGCUCUUCAGAUUGGUUUCUUCCUUCACACAAUCGUUGAGGAGUACAAGAUGUCCAUUUUAGAGAAGGCCGGAGCUCAGAUCAAGUCGUGGUUCCUGGGUAUCUUCCAGAAAAACAAGCGCCGAACGGUCCCCCGGACGUGGAAGGCAAUCGUGGCCGCAACCACGCGGAAACCGAUAGUGAAUUUGAAGGCUUACCAGGGCGCCCUCAUGGUAAUUAAAUCGCUCGCUAAAAUGUUCCGUGAACGGUUCCUCCACAGAUUCUACAUGCAGGGACAGGGCACAAAAGUCGACUUCAACACCCCCACGCUUCUCAUCCAUGCGCUCGUCGCUCUCUGGAUGGACCCGACCCUCGACCGGCUGGACGUCUCCAGUCCCAGCAUUCCUAACGCCAAGAAGCUCUUCUGGUACUACUUAUGGGUCAACGAAAACGGCCCGUCGAACGCCGCCGCGCGAAUCGUGCUGGUGGGCUGCAAGAAGUACACGCACCUGUUCCCGGGCGUGGUCCGAAGCGUGACGACUGCCACGGGCGAAGUCGUCGAGGCGGGUUCCGACAUUUUGAAGAUUCCGGCGAUACCGCUCAAGCGAAGCGCCGUCGAGGCCUACAUGAAUCACCUCCAGGCGACGUACAAAGACCCGCUGACGGUUGUCCAGGUUGCCCUAGACUUGGCAGAGCGAUGCGAAGGGUACUCCCCAGCCAACGAGCAGGCGACGCGCAAUUCUGCGAGAGCGCAGCCCAGAGAGCAACGCAUUAGUGGACACGCCACGUUCACGCUUGGCCGGGAAGGGACUGCGGCGGGUUCGUUCGUCGAAGGAGCGGUGGAAGACGAAACGGAGGAAGAGAGCGAAAUUGACGCAGACGACUCGGACGCGCUGCAGGAUCAAGAAGGCAGCUUUGUGCAGCUCCGCAAACUGUUUAGAAGGAAAAAGAAGGCAGCCGCCGGGGACAAGCCGGCGCAAACAGACGCACAGCCUCAACCAAAAGUGCGACGGGGGAGACCAGAUGUCGAUGCCAGUGCUGUGAUCCUCGGAUCGCGAUUUGCGCUGGAUUUGUGGUGCAGCAAAUACCGCCAAAUGGUUGUCGAAAAGCUUUCGGGCAUCAAGACGAAGGACACCACCGUGAUGCAGCAGGAGAUUUCAAAGGUAUUCACGGCCGUGACAUCAAUCAAGAUUGCUCUGCCCGACUACAAAGAGUUCUGGGACUUCUCGCUCCGGUGCGACUGGAUGGACGGCUAUCCUGACCAAGACAGAAUGCGAGCAGCUCGAGCAGACAUGGUUUCGUACGCUAUGGCCAAGGCGGGCCGAGGGAAGCGGCUGAAGCGAAUGCUGCAAAAGGCCACCUCGUGGAUACGGAAGAAGGCGUUCUCGGUUGCAAAACGAUUCAAGUCCCUCAAGAGGCGAAUCAGCAACGCCAUCGGAAAGGGCAAACCUCCCAAGGCCAAAGUGCCAGACUGGGCCGUCAUCAACGUCGGGCUGGGCAGCUGGACUGGCAAGGUCUUCAGCACACAAUUGACCUUCAACGAAGAGGAGAUGUCUUGCAACGGGCCACACGAGCCCAUCCGAGUCAUGACUUGGCGGCAAAAUCGCUUCACCACCUUCUCUUCGUCGUCGACAAAUGCUGAGCGGAGCUACGUGCUCGUCGACAAGAGCGAAGAAAGCCAUUGCUGGGCAACGCGAGACGCCCUCCUCCACAAGGGUUGGACGGGCCUCCCCGUGUACCAGUAUGAAGAGCCUUCUGGGUUCUGGUUGGAGGACAUCGUCCGUGGAAACGCACCUGGAAACGGUUUCGUCGUCAACUGGGAUAACUAUCUAACUACCAACGGCAAUCUAACACUUCAAGAUAUUGAUCCCAGCGCGAGCUCGCAGAGGUUGAGCUCGUUUGCCACCAUGCGUAUCACCGACUCAAAUGGAAAGGUUAUCUACCAAGGCCCGCCCACAGGUGUCGUGCAAACUCAGGGAGGGAGAGUGACUCUCGGCAGCAUCAGAAACCUCGUGUCGGGGGUCCAGACGAGAGGCGACAACGUGGAAGUUAGAGUCAACGCUGCAGGUCCCCAGCUGACGAGUGUGUCGGAUCUCGAUGCCCGCUUCAAAGACAUCCCAGAUUUGUGA